AUGAGCUGCUGGUGUGACAACCUCAUGACAGGGAUAGCCAACCUCCCAGUCACCACACCCUGUGAAUCUCUACACUGAGGACUCCUCGGUCGCUACCUUCUGCAUAGCUGGGUUCACAGAGGAGACACCAUGACCCCCAGCCUCAUGGUCCUGGUCUGCCUUGGGCUGAGCAUGGGCCUGAGGACACCUGUGCAGGCAGAGACCCUCCCCAAACCCACCCUCUGGGCUGAGCCAGGCACUGUGAUUCCCUGGGGGAGCCCUGUGACUAUCUGGUGUCAUGCGACCCUGCAGGCUCAGGAGUUCUGUCUGGAUAAAGAGGGAAGCCCAAAACUCUGGGACAAACAGAAGCCACUGGAUCCCAGGAACAAGGCCAAGUUCCCCAUCACACAGAUGACAGAUAACACUGCAGGGAGAUAUCAGUGUUCCUAUCUCAGCCAAGGUGUCUGGUCAGAGCACAGUGACCCCCUGGAGCUGGUGGUGACAGGCGUCUACAGUAAACCUAGCCUCUCAGCCCAGCCCAGCCCUGUUGUGGCCUCAGGAGAGAAUGUGACUCUCAAAUGUCACUCAUAUGAGGGAUUUGGCAAGUUUGUUCUGACUAAGGAAACAGAAAACAGGCUCUCUUGGAGCCUGCACUCACAGCAAGACCCAAGUGGGCAUUUCCAGGCCCUGUUCCGUGUGGGCCCCAUGAUCCCCAGACAGAGUGGGACUUUCAGAUGCUAUGGUUACUACAGGAGCAAUCCUCAGGUGUGGUCACCACCCAGUGAGCCCCUACAGCUCCUGGCAUCAGGGACCCUCCCCAAACCCACCUUGUGCGCUGAGCCAGGCUCUGUCAUCCCCUGGGGUAGAAUUGUGACCAUCUGCUGUCAGAGCUCCCAGGAGGCCCAAGAGUUCCAUCUGGAUAAAGAGGGAAACACACAACCCUGGGGCAGAUACAAGCCACUAGAUUCCACAGACAAGGCCAACUUGUCCAUCAUAUACAUGACAGUGCUCUCAGCAGGGAGAUAUCACUGUUACUAUCUCAGCCCCACUGGCUGGUCAGAGCCCGGUGACACCCUGGAGUUGGCGGUGACAGGAGUAUACAGCAAACCUAGCCUCUCAGCCCUGCCCAGACAUGUCAUGACCCCAGGAGGAAAUGUGACUCUCAGAUGUAACUCAUUCCAGGGAUGCAAGUUUGUUCUGACUAAGGAAGGAAAAGACAGGCUCUCCUGGACUCUGGACUCAUAGCCUCACCCCAGUGGUUAGGUCCAGGCCCAGUUCACUGUGGGCCCUGUGACCCCCAACCACAGAUGGAGGUUCAGAUGCUAUGGCUGUUAUAGGAAUACCUCCCAGGUGUGGUCAGUGCCCAGUGAUUCCCUGGAGCUCCUGGUCUCAGGUGGCUCAGGGAGGCCCUCCCUCCUGACCCAGCAGGGCCCCAUUGUGGCCUCAGGACAGAACCUGACCCUCCAGUGUUGUUCCAACAUCAGCUAUGACAGAUUUGCUCUGUCCAAGGGCAGGGUACAAGUCCUCCACCAGAGCACUGUUCUGCAGCCCCAGGCUGGGCUCUCAGUGACUUUCCCCCUGGGUACUGUGAGCGGCUCUCACCGGGGCCAGUACAGGUGCUGUGGUGGACACAACCUGUCCUCUGAGUGGUCAGACCCCAGUGACCCUCUGGACAUCCUGGUGGCAGGAUGGCUUCCUGACAGACCGUCUCUCUCGGUGCAGCUGGGCCCCACAGUGGUCUCAGGAGAGAAGGUGACCCUGCUGUGUCAGUCACAGAGCCUGAGGGACAGUUUCCUUCUGCUCAAAGAGGAAACAGCUGACCCCCCUUUGAGUCUCAGAUCACAGUCCUGAGCUCAGCAGCACCAGGCAGGGUCCUCCAUGGGUCCUGUGACCUCAGCCCACAAGGGGACCUACAGGUGCUACAGCUCAGUCAGCACCUUCCCCAACCUGUUGUCACAGUCCAGUGAGCCCCUGGAGCUCCUGCUCUCAGGAGUUCCCCCCAAACCCUCUAUCUGGGCAGAACCAGGCCCCAGGGUCAGAGAGGGGAUCCCUGUGACCAUCUGGUGUCAGGGGCCUCUGCAGGGGAAGGCCUACAUUCUGUAUAGAGACAUGGGCUCUCAGCCCUUUGAAAGGAGGAUCCUACAGGACUCCAGCAACAAGACCAAGUUCCUCAUUCAGUACAUGAGCUCAUAUUCCACCGGGCUGUACCAGUGUGCAUACAGCACUGGGGAUACGCUGUCUGAGAAAAGUGAGCCCCUGCUCCUGGUGGUGACAGGUGUGGGCAGCGCACCCUCCCUCUCAGCCCAGCCAGGCCCAGUGGUGGCCUCAGGAGGGAACGUGUCCCUCUUGUGCAGCUCACAGUCCACACAGGGCCCUUUCCUCCUGCUGAAGGAGGGAGGAGCUGAGCUGCCCACACGCCAGAAGUCGGAAUGGAAUUCCAAUGCUAGGAGGUGGCAGGCUGUCUUCUCUGUGGGCCUUGUGAACUCCUCCCAUGGGGGGACCUACAGAUGCUAUGGUUUUGACAGCUACAACCCCAAUGUGUGGUCAUACCCCAGUGCCCCUCUACGCCUCGAGGUCACAGGUGUGUACAGGGAGCCCUCUCUCUCAGCCAAGCCAGGCCCCCUGUUGCUGCCUGGAGACAGCCUGACCCUCCAGUGUCACUCAGAUCCAGGCUUUGACAGAUUCGCUCUGACCAAGGGCCAAGGGCUCACACCCCCUCAGCAUUUCCAUGAGCAGCACAGCCCCAACUUCACUUGGGGACCUGUGUACCCUGCUGACAGGGGCCAGUACAGGUGCUACAGUGGACACAGCCUUUCCUACGUGUGGUCGGCCCCCAGCGCCCCCCUGGACAUCCUGAUUGCAGGAAUGGACAGGAAACCCUCCCUCUUGGCCCUGCCACAACCCUCAGUGCCCUGGGGAGAGACUGUGACCCUGCAGUGUGGAUCUGAAAUCAGGGCUGACACCUUCCACCUGCACAAAGAGGGGUCCCCAGAUCCUCCCCAGCAGCUUCAUCUGCAGGACACAGCUGCCCCGUCUCAGGCCAACUUCACCAUCAGCCCUGUGACCUUGGGCCACAAUGGGACCUACAGGUGCUACAGCUCACACAGCUCCUCCCCCUUCUGGCUGUCAAAGCCUAGUGACCCCCUGGAGCUCCUGGUCUCAGGUCUCCAAUGGUACUGGAACAUCCUGAUUGGGGUCUCAGUGGUCCUCACCCUGCUGUUAUUCCUCCUCCUCUUCCUCCUCCCUCGACUCUGGCGUCAGAGCAAAGGUGAGACAUUGGACGCUGCCAUGAAGGAACUACAACCUGGGGAGGACAUGGAGCUGGACCCUCAGGUGAGAUCCUGGCUCCUGUCCAGGCUGCCAAGGACCUUCCUAUUGCCCAGUUUACUCCAGUUGCCACUCCCUGUCCUCACCUCCCCUGGUUCUCAGUAGCACCCACGCUGACCUGUCCUUCUGGGCACCAAGUUGUCCUGCUGUG